AUGUUGACCCCUUCAGAUGUUUCAUAAAGAUCUUAAGAAGGUAUAUAUAUUGAAACACGGUCACGUUUCUUAAUACUUCUAAUCAAAAUGUUUACGGUGGCACUCUAUAUAUUUUGUUCCAUUCUGAAUGUUGGUGUUACUCAUGCGCAGAUAGUUGGUAUAGGAAAAUGCCCUCCAGUAGUGGCACAAAAGGAACUCGAUGUAAAAGAGUAUCUCGGGGAUUGGUAUGAAAUCUACAAAUUCAAAGCAAACUUUGAAGACGGUCAAGAAUGCAUAAAAGCUAAUUAUUUGCUUAAGGAGGACAAACACAUCAGAGUUCAAAACGAGGGAAAGACCCCAAACGGAGAAACGAUUUCAAUAGUUGGUGAUGGUUACGCACCCGAUGAGAACGAACCAGCGAAACUAUUGGUUAAAUUUUCUGAAGGUGCUCCAUAUGGAAAUUACUGGGUAGUUGACACAGACUACAAAACAUAUACUCUUAUUUAUUCCUGUUCGGAAGUAGUCGAUGUACAUUUUGAAUUCGCAUGGAUACUGGCAAGGGAGAAAUCCAUAACAGAAGAAAUUAAGACUAAGCUUUUCCAAGAACUCGAAGAUUUCAAAGUCGACGCUAAAAAUUUCAUGAAAACCGACCAAACAGCAUCAUAUUGUGAGGACAAGUGAAAAUAUUGAACUAGUGUAACAACAUUACUGUGACAUAAUGAUAUAUAAAUGAAUUAAAGAAAUAAUUACCAUCCAUAGUUUGCGAAUAUAGGAGAGAGAACUUCAAGAGUUGUAAUACCUUGUGGUCUUAUCAAUUUGAUUCUCUAAACAAAUAAAAUAAUAUUAAAUCUUAA